AUGGGUGAAAUUAAAAGCGAUCUGAUAAAUUUUAGCGAUACUUUAACUAUCCUUUCGUCCAAUGUGGAGCAAUUGAAGGUCAAAAUAAAAACAUCUGGUGUCGGCGCACGCGUAUCAAAUCCAUUAAACGAAGUGUUCAAAGCGCGAAAAAUUAAACAUUCGGAUCUUAAACAACCAGACGGCGGAAGUGAUAAUAGUAGGGGAGAAAAUGGACAGAUUAUUAAAAAAAUUUAUUUAAAUUCUAUUGAGGUUGCUUGCAAAAAAAUUCAGAGUAUAGAACAAAACGAAACCGCCGCAUCCCAAAAAAUUCAAACUGAAUUGGUCAUUCUCGAUUUGUUAGGGAAAUGCGAUUACAUCAUUACGUUUUAUGGUCUAUCUGAAAUAGAGAAUGAAGAAACUGUAAUGGUAUUUGCUUGGCCAAAAUACGGAAAUUUAAGAUCCUUUUAUGAAAAUUACGUUCUCGAUUGGCACCUAAAGUUGACGUUUAUCCGAGAUAUAUUCAGAGGUCUUCUUUUUAUCCAUAAUAAUGAUAUUCUUCAUCACGAUGUUCGCUGCGAGAAUAUCCUG